CGCAUACGGUUAGCCGAGUAACGGAAAACGGUUUCAGCAAGCGCGUACGGCGUACUCUCGAUAACAAUAAUAAACCCGGAAAACGGUCGAAAAAGUGUUGUCGUUGGCGGGGGAUGGGGUAAAUUAUUGUGUUUACUCGUCGUAACGAUACGAUUAAACACGUAUAUCGUGUAACGGCCGUGGUCACACUGUCAAAGUUGUCGGUGGCGCGCAGGGAUUGUCGCCGCGCUCUGUGGCCGCGGCUGUGCCCCUCUUGUCGCUUACUCGCUCGCUCGUGACUCAUUGCUGCGGCUGCCGGUUGCGCGCGCGAUGUGUGACCGGUUGGCCGCUCUGGACGGCCUCGUGCCGCCCGCCGUGAUGGCCUGCAGGUCAACGCCGUCGUCCCCUAACGCGUAUCGGGCCGUCAUCCAACUGCAGCAACUGGAGAAGACCGCGUCCGUGCCAGACCUGCAGCAGAAGAGGCAUCAUCACGGCGACGGGCCCGCGGCCGAUCAUCAAGCCGCUCCGGCGUCCGCGUGUCCAGACUCCAAAUCCGACGGCUGUCUGACCGAGACCGGACGACGGGCGCCUGUCACCAGCCUGAGCGGCACUUUUCUCACGCCUCCCUGCAAGGCAGAUAACAAGACUCUCGAUGGGCAAAAACAUCAACUCAAUCAAUUAAACAAUAUGACAAUGGCGACUGAUUGCACAAGAGACAUGCACCAGGAUGGACUAAUCCUACCACGGAAGCCGGCCAACCCAUGCCUGACCUCCGCUGACCAUCAAAACCUUCAUCGAGAACUCCUAUUCAAUCAAAAAAUCGGAAAAAAUGUUCUGGGACAAAAAUCAGAACUGCAAAAAGCGCUGGAAAAACACAAGCGAACUCAAAAUCAGAAGGAGAUCGAACAACAAAAGAACUCAUGCCGCACACCAUUCGAACGAAUGAUUGAAGAGCGGGCCAAAAAAAUCGAAACGCAAAUGGAAAAAACUGAUUCAAAAGAAAAGGACGAAGAUAAACCAGAAUUUCUACAGGUCCAUGCUAAACUGCGAGCCAAAAUGGCCAAAACAGACUGAUACUAAUCACUGCGAAAAUAUAUACACAUCCCAUUGAUACGGGGGUAAUAGAUUAUUAUUGAAUAAAGUGUUCAUUGAUUAUGUACAUUCUAUUUUUUUGAGUAUAUUAUAUUGAAAAUUUUAUCAUUUGUAUAAGUGUAAGUUUAUGAUUAUGUAGGACUAUUGAUUUGUAAUUAUUACAAUUAAUUUCCAUUAUAGAAGUGUAUAGAAACAUUUAUAUGUAUAAAAUAUUUUGAUUAUUAUUAUUACUAAAUAUUAUUGUAAAUUUUUUUUUUGUUUUAGACCAAUUUAUGAGUAUAUUUGUUUACCUACUUUUUCUGGCAAAUGUAUUCAACCAGAAAUUGUACAAUGCCUGCAAAUUUAGUCAAUUUUUCGAAUUUGAAAAAAAAUAUUCUAGGGUACGCGGGAUAUUGUUAAAAAAAAAAAUUUACAGCAAUAACUUGAUGUUUAUUUCAGCAUAAUAUCUCGACUAAUUAAAAUUAAUUAAAUAUUA